AUAAUACCUUUUUUGUGCAGUUAUGUGACACCCAAGUCAUUCUCCGCUUUAGCUUUUUAUUUUAGGUCAUUUUCAGGUUGAAAUCUGAAAAUGAUUGGGAUUCUAUUGUGUUCUUUAUUUAUAGUUUUGGCACUUGGUUCUAAUGAUCCUGUUCAAAUUCAAUGUCCAAGUUUCAAUUCUACAAUAACACCUGAUCUGGCUCUUCCAUCAAACACUUAUUAUUACCCAUAUCCCUUUGACCAAAAUUCAACUAUUUCAAGCUACACGCCCAAUCAAUUUUGUAAAUUUAUCGUGGAAAUUCCCAAAUUACAAUAUGCAUAUUUCACAAUGAUGGCUGAUAUUAACGACGAUAGUAUGUUAACAAUUACCGAUUGCAAUGGAAAAUCUGAAAUAGUGAUGACUAGUGAAUUUCAGCCCUAUGUUUUUGUGGGGGGCCAGUUUUCCAUCAGCCUACUUGUUGGGACAAAUGGAAAUAAUACACGAUUUGCUUUCCAGGUUCAAUGGAGCGAUUUUCCAACUCCAAAUCCGGCCUUCUACACGGUCACUAAAACCGGCCCAGCCUUGUUUUUCGAUGAAAUGUUGUUUGAAAACUCGGUUACAAUCACUGCAGAAACAAGAGCGACCAUCGUGGCUUUUCCCUCAACGUAUCCAGACUUCACGCCACUCCUCCGUAUUACACUGGUAUUCGAUGGCCCUGAUUUGAAUUCUCCAUACCUUGGAACUUUAUUCCAAGCCUUGCGUUCCAACAAGCCAAUGGUAUCUAAAUCGAGGCAAAUGACAAUUUUCACAUUUCAAGAGAACUAUUUGGUUGGGUCAAACUUUGUGGUUCAGGACUAUUACAACGUCCAAAACCUGUCAGAAAGUAGGGGAAUAACGUGUUGGAGUCAAUCAUCCUGUCCAGUCACUCUGAACGCUGCAAAUGGUCCGGUUUCAGCAAUGACCUUGAAUGCAGACGAUGGAGAUGAAUACAUCAAACGGCUGGAUCUCAGCCCAGGUUCUAUCCUGAAAAUUUAUUGUGGGGCCAAGAAAGAGGAUGAUGAUUCAAAUCUAAUUGUCACUUAUAAUGCCGAACAAUCAAAGACAAAUAUUCCACAAAAGUUCUACGGCGACAUUAUGACUUAUUAUUUGGCAAAUGGAACUGCACUCGUUGAGCUUGCAGAGGACUCGAACUACACAAGAUGGAAUGAUGCAUCAAGUGGAAGGGAAGGAUUUAUGAGUUCCAGAAAGUUUGGAGAACUCGAGUUUUAUCAAGAUGUCUAUGAAGAAAUUGGAGGUUUUUAUUUAAAUUCAACAUUUCAAUUUGAAGUUAACGUGACCCACCUAGACGUUUCAAAUGUAGCUGUGUUGACAUUAACUUUUGGAAACGAAACUGGAAGUCCUACUAUUCAUCAAAUCUCAAAUUCGACCAAUUUUCAACUGGGACAAGUUAUUGAAGCAGUCGGAAGAAAUAUGACCGUAUCGUAUUUUACAAAUGGCACAGCGACUAAUGGUUUUUUCUUAAAUUUUAAAAUUAGUUCUCUGGAAACAAAAUUUGCUAAUUUUAAGCAUCCAAAAGUGAUAUUGGUCAUAUCAGUUCUUUCAAUGAUGUUAUUUUAAUAAUUGCAACUGCUGAUUAUAAAUCCUAAAUACUGGUUUCUCUCAUAAUUAUUAUGUGUUUCUUCCCUAGACUGGGGUGAUGUUGAGAUAUAAAAGUUUAAUGAUUUU